AUGUCGGAGUUACGAGCGGCGGGACCCGGCCCAGCGACGACGCCUGGAGGAGCGGGCGGCCCCAUCGCCUCCGUCCCAGGAGCGACCUGUGGGCCCGGCCCAGCGCCCCCGCUACCCUCUCCCGGGCCUGGCGGCGGAGGAGGCACCCUGGGCCCUGGGGGACCGGCCCCAGGGGGGGUGACAGGCACUCCAGGGGGGAGCUCUACUUCCGCUUCCGGGUCCACCAGCUCCACUUCCGGGUCAGCCCGCGAAGGCUGGCUUUUCAAAUGGACCAAUUACAUCAAAGGGUAUCAGCGGCGCUGGUUCGUGCUGAGCAACGGGCUCCUGAGCUACUACAGGUGAGGCCACGCCCCGUCUGCCGGCCCUGCCAGGGUGGCCGGCCACGCCCCUUUCCGGCUCCGGUCACACCCAGGGCGCCUCCCAAGGCCUGUGACCCUCUUUCCCUUUGGCCGGCCUGCACCCGGUUGGGCAUUCCUCCCCCUGGCCAAGCCUGCGUGGCAGGAGCAGCAGCAGCAGCCUCCUCUGUGUGGAGCAGCCCCUUCCCUGCCACGUGGCAUGAGGGUGUCAUGGCUUAGCCACGUCUUGAGAAGCAUCAGGGGGGCUUCCACACCUCUGAGGCUCCCCUCAGCUAUUCUGCCUUACAUUCCUACCCCCACCUCAGAUAUGCAUGGCAUGUACAGUGGUACCUCGGGUUACAGACUCCACUAACCUAGAAAUAGUACCUCGGGUUAAGAACUUUGCUUCAGGAUGAGAAUCGUGCUCUGGCAGCAGCAGCAGGAGGCCCCAUUAGCUAAAGUGGUACUUAAGGUUAAGAACGGACCUCCAGAACAAAUUAGGUUCUUAAUCCGAGGUACCACUGUAACUGCAUUCUGACAUGAAGAUGAGGGUGGUGAUAGCCACAUUAUUUCCCCUUUCUCCACACCUGCGACAUUCUGCGGCUUUCUCCUUCCCUUUAUGCCAGCCAGCAGAAAAGCCAAAUGUGUUCUAAGACACCCUCCUCCUCCUCCUCCACAUCCUUGGCAGCAUCACUGGGCCACAUCUUUUUGAUUCUCUGUUGCAACCAAUGGCACAGGCAACACACAGUCUGAGAGAUACAUCCUCUGUGAUGUGUUUUGGUGUACAGUACUUGAUACUUAAAAAGAAAUGCAAAAAAUGUAGGCCUGUUGAUAUAAUUCUAUGAUGGUCACAAGCCAUUUUUCCAAAAGACCUGUGUUCUGGGUGUGGCGGAUUUGGCAGAGGUAACUAUCACAGGCAAUGUUAGCUGUGGGGCCAUGUAAGCUGGGAAUAGAAAUAGCUUUUCUGAAAUCACUGCUUCUAACAUUCCUUGGUUAGGAGAGAAAUUCUUCCCAGUAGGUUAGAAGCUGCACAUAAACUGUAUUUGCCCUAUGCAUCCUUCCCUUGUUAGGAUUGAGAGCUAUGUUCAAAUUCCUACUUGGCUGUGGAGCUCAACAAGUAGCCUGGGGCAAGUAACUUAACUCUCAACUUAAUCAUCCUCAUUGUGAAAAAAAUUAGGAUAACCCUGUACUCCAGGCACCCCCAAACUUGGCCCUUCAUAUGUUUUGGGACUGCAGUUCCCAUCUUCCCUGACCACUGGUCCUGUUAACUAGGGAUGAUGGGAGUUGUAGUCCCAAAAACAUAUGGAGGGCCGAGUUGGGGGGGGGGCUGCUGUACUCCAUAAAGGAAGGCUGUGUUACAAAUGUAACGAAACCAAACAAUGAGGCCUUUUACUUAUGACAAAACCUACCUUGAGUUACUUACUUAAACUGUGAGUUCCCAAACCAUCCGUGCUUCAAAACCUUUCUUCAAAUGAUUCAGUUUCUUCAUGAGUCUUCUGCAAAUGUAGAAACAAAUACUUAGCAUCAUAUGUUGCCUGUCUCUCUAAGCAACCCUUCAUAGCUUUCAGUGCUGUGUUGUAUGUCUGCGCCACCCUUGUGUUUUCACAUAAAUGUUACUCCAUAUCACUGAUGAAUAGUAAAGCCCCAGCAGUUUUCACCUACUUUCUUCCAAACUGUAUGUGCAUUCCUAUUCCAGCUACUUCUGCAUGUUAAAUGAACAUUUAUUUGUGAAUUAGACAAAUCACUUCAAACAAUUGCAGCCCAGCUGGUGCCAAACAUACUGCUCUGCUUACCUUUGGACCACAGCAGUGAGGCUAAGAGGAGGGUUUUGUUGUCUGGGCAGCCCAGGAUCUCCAUACAUACUGCCCAAGCUUGCACCUGUUGUGCUUACUUCAACUAAUUGUAUUCCACUCAUAAAACAGGAGGAUUGUCAAGCAGCAUAUCAAACAGAACUUCUGGAGAAAAACUAUUAUUCCAGCUACCUUGCUAAUCAAAAGUAUGUUGAAACUAACGUAAUAGAAUGCCUCUGAGAUUUUUAGGGAGAGAGCUCAGGUUCUCAUUUUUGCCCCUGCUUUGCUCGUCAGCUGUGUUAUUUCCUAAAGAGAAGGGAAAUCUAAGUAGUGGGAGGGUGAAUGGAGAUAUGGAAUAAUGAGAAGUGUUUCUGGAAUCUGGGCUUCCAAUCUUACGCAUGUUUGCUCUCAUUAUAGUCAAUGACACUUGCAUCCAAGGAUAGCAGCCCUAAUCCAUGGGUGGAGAGCUAGAUUUGGCCAAUGAGCCAGAUUGUUAUUUUCCCCACCUCUUGUGGGUCAAGGUUGACAGGUGGGUGGAGCCUACUCCAGUGUCCUGUAAUAAUUAGCUGUGUAGCAGGUGUUGCCUUACUAUGCCAUAUGCAUCUUUUCUUCUCUGCUGAUGUUCUUUUGCAUUGCUGUUAAGUCUGGAGUACGAAUGAGGCUCCUUGAACAUCUUUCCCCUUGCACAUUUUUUGUGGGGCCUCUGUUAACUUAACAUUUUGAACUAAAAGUAUGCAUUUUCAGAAACAGACCUUGAAGGUGCAGUAGUAAAGGGAAUAAAGAGUGUGGUCAAAUAGUAAUAAGGAGUCUUGUGGCACCUUAAAAGCAACAAAUUUAUUGUUGCAUAAGGUUUCGUAGAUCAGAGUCCACUUUGUCAGAUGCAUCAGGACUCCAACCUUGAAAGCUUCUGCCAUAAUAAAUCAGCCUGUUAAAUGUCUGCUAAGAGGCUAGAAGCUCCUCCUCCAUGGCCAGCAUGGAAAAAUAGGCUAGUAGCAUCUUAGCAGGUUAGUGUGUUUGUGUAUACAUAAACACACACAGACACACACACACACACACACAACCUUCUACCAAGAGGGACAGAAAUCCUUUCGUUUGUGGCCAGCAUGAAAUGCAGCAGGUUAGUGAAGAAGGAGUAGCACAUUUCCUUCUUCCACCAACCUGUUCACUUACCUGCAUGGAAGUCCUUGCUGCAAAAUGCAAGGUUGUAAUAAAUCCAUUAGUCUUUAAGUAGCCACAAGACUUUGAUGUGUAUGUUACAACAGACUAAUAUGGUGGUGACCAGUUUGACAGAGAAAGAGCCCCUUUUCACUAGUGGGUUACAGGAAAGAUUAUUCGCCCAAGUUUAGGAAAAUGCUUGUUUUUCACUCAUAACUAGCUAAGGGCCCAUCUGAAGUGUGUUCUCAUUCACUCAUAGACUGUGUACUCAUUCACCCAAUAAAUCUUGUCCUCUGACCUUGCAGCUUAUUUCAUUGUCCUCUUCAACCAGUGACAUCUUGUUGGUUGAUCUGCUCUGAUGCACACAUUGGGGUUUAUGGCUUUUCUGGAUGCCAUUAGCUUAUCUGUUCUGGUAUCACAUAGUAGGUCAUAAAUGCCUUUAGACCAGGCAGCUGAGGAACAUCAGAGAGCCCAUAAUUGGAAACCUGAAGCUCAGAGCAGCUAAAAAUGGAGAAGAAAAAUCCAACUGCUUUGAAUUUUGAGUAGACCCAAGAUUUCAAUGGGUCUUCUCUUAAAUAUGACUACUGUUAGAUAUUGCCAAAUCAUUUUUUUCUUUUUAAUAUUUAAUUUAUAGUGUUUCUCUUUAAAAGCAACUGAAUUUUAAAGAAAAUCUUAACUGAACACACAUUUAAAUUGUGUACAUGCAGGUUUAUAUGAUAUAUACAUAUAUAUACAGUUGUACCUUGGUUUUCCUAGUUCUCGAAUGUUUUGGCUCCUGAACGCCGCAAACCCAGAAGUGACUGUUCCGGUUUGCAAACUAUUUUUGGAAGCCGAAUGUCCGGUGCGAAUUCCUUGACUUUUGAUUGGCUGCAGGUGCUUCCUGCAGCCAAUCAGAAGCCACACUUUGGUUUCUGAAUGUUUUGGAAGUUGAACGGACUUCCAACAGACUUCGUGUUUUAAUGUAUGACUGUAUAUAUCAGGGGUGGCCAACUCCCAAGAGACUACGAUCUACUCACAGAGUUAAAAACUGGCAGUGACCUACCCCCUUUUUCGAGAUUCAGGUUAAAGUUGUUGAGUUUUUUCAGGGAGGAGGUAAAAUGUUGAGCUUUUUUAAGGGGAGCCACCGUUGUUCAGCUUCUUUGGGGGGAGCCAGUGAUCUACUGCAGACGUCCAGUGGUCUACCGGUAGAUCACGAUCUACCUGUUGGACAUGCCUGGUGUAUAUAUAGCAGAGAAGAGCAGGUGUUUUGGGAAAAAUACUUUGGCAAUCCCACCCACCAUUGAACCCAAUGUGUUUUGACCAUAUGCGAUUUUGGCUUUAUGCACUAUUCCCGGAAUGUAACCCCUGUGUAAGUUGAGAGGCGCCCAUACGAACAAGCAAUUGAAUGCUUACACAUAAUCUCUAAAACUUCAUCAUGGCCAUCUAUUAAGCCCUCUAAUUUGCAGCUUGCUUUUCUGUGCAAAAACAAGGUCUGUUAGAAAAUUAUUCAACAUCAGAGAUCAAGCAGUAAAUGUGAUACACUGCUGUGUCUUCCUGUUGGUACUGGAGACCAAUUAUCCAAUGCAUGAGGAUCUAGGAAAUGUCAUCCUGUAUAACACCACAAAUAUUCAGAACCCUGACUGGUUGGAUUGUACUGUUUUGCACCCUCCCAACAUCAUGAGUCCUGUGACAUGUUCAGUUAAAUGUUGAUGUUUAGGGCUUUACUAAGGAAGCAGCAUGGAUAUUAUUUCUUUCUAAUGCAGGGAGAAACACUAUUUUGUCCGCUAAGUACCAGCUCUUGCUCCUGGAAAGUUCCGGACACCAUUAUAGCUCAACUGUAUGCAUGUUUAUUUGGAAGGAAAUCUCACUUGAUUCAAUGGGACCUGCUUCCAAAUAAGCAUGAGUAGGAUUACAGCAUUAAUAUCCAAACCUAUGUACAGUGGUACCUCGGUUUACGAACUUAAUCCGUUCCUGAAAUCCGUUCUUAAACCAAAACCAUUCUUAAACCAAGGUGCGCUUUCCCUAAUGAGGCCUCUCGCCACCAGUGUCCUUCCACCGUUCGGAUUCCGUUCUUAGACCGAGGUAAAGUUCUCAAACCAAGACACUAUUUCUGGUUUUGCGGAGUUUGUAAACCAAAUUGUUCUUAAACCGGACUGUUCUUAAACCAAGGUACCACUGUAUGUCUGUUCAGAAGUAAGUGCCCAUUGUGUUUAGUGGAAUUUAAUCUUAAGUAAAUCUACAUAGAGAUUGCAGCCUUUAGUCUUCAGGUAAGUGAUCUGGCAUGUGAACAGAGAAAGCCAAGCAGAAAUCUUUUUUUCUCUCUGAACAGAUAUAAUUCUGCAGUGCAAAAGGCAUGUUGGCUUCGGGAUCAAAGGUUUUGGUUGAUCCUAUGUUGUACAAAGGUUCUGUUUAGUUACUACCCAAUAGAUCAGUACACUUGCUUGUUCAGGAAAUGCAUACAUUUAAAAAUGGCAAUACUGAUUUAAAUCAGUACAGCCAAACUGAGGCUCUUAUUCUUGAUCAUUUAAAUUGGAUGUUAUAGACUUUGGAAUGGGGUCUUAUUAGUCUUAUUAGAUCCAUGGGGUGGUUUAGAAACCCGUAGGUGAAAAAGAAAAGAUGGUGCUUUUUGCUUAUAUAUGUGAUGGUGUGACACAUAUAUCAAGGUGUUGCAGUUAAUAUCCUAUGCUUUUGCCAGGUUUGGGUUGUCCUGUGUUAAUGGGCCAUACAUAACCUAUUGUCACUUCCAUGUUUAAGAAGGAUUAUGAGGGUGAUGCUUUGGGUUCCGACUGAUAGUAAACAGUAAAUUAUGCAUAUCUAAUACAUGGCCAGUUUUGUCUUCCUUUCUGUUGUGAAUUGUAUGCUCCUCAGAAACAUAAGAGAGUUAGUCUCUAACUUAGUAAUAAUAAUAAUAAUUUAUUACAUAUACUACGCCCAUCCGGCCAGGCCCCCCCAGCCACUCUGGGCAGCUUCCAACAGGAUAUUAAAAACACAAUAAAAUAUCAAACAUUAAAAACUUCCCUAAACAAGACUGCCUUCAGAUGUCUUCUAAAAGUCAGAUAGUUGUUUAUUUCCUUGACAUCUGGUGGAAGGGCGUUCCACAGGGUGGGCGCCACUACCGAGAAGGCCCUCUGCCUGGUUCCCUGUAACCGCACUUCUUGCAGUGAGGGAACCACCAGAAGGCCCUCGGCGCUGGACCUCAGUGUCCGGGCAGAAUGAUGAGGGUGGAAAUGCUCCUUCAGGGACACUUGAGCCAAGGCACCUCUGCAAUAUUUGAGUUAGCUUUCACGUUUUCCUGCAAAGGAUUUUGAACUGUAGCUUUUUUGAGGGGGCCGAGGCCCCCAUUGUUGAGGCUGAACACAGAGCUGGGCACAAGCGAUGUCAGGACGUUGCAUCAGGCCCCCUCAAUGUACUUUGGAAGGUGGCACCUCUGGACACAACUAUAACUUCCAGGACCCUUGGUUAGGAAUUGUGAUAGUUAAACCAAUUUAAAUUUGUAGUAGAGACACGUCCCUUUCCAGAGUUAUUGCUACCCCACCAGAUCCUGGCCUACUUUACAUACAAUUUCUCUCUGACGUGCCUGGAUAGAUGACAUAUUUACUGAUUGGUUGAAUGUAUCACAACAUCAGCCGUGCAGUGCUGUAGGCACAGGUAGUAGGGUGACCUUUGUCUUUUUCCUAUGAGUCUCAUCUGCCCUCUACUAUAAGAAUGUGCUAAUGAGACACUAAGUCCCUUCUGAUGAGGUUUUGGUAAAGUACUUGCAAUAGUGAUGUUCACUUGGACUAUUUGUUGUGCUCUACUUAUCUCCUGAUCCAUAUUUUGUGACGGUGGCAAGGAGGGUGGCUUUAGCGAUCCUAUAGGAAGGAAUGUUUUGUACAAACAUCCAAGGAAGACUAAAAUAGCCAGUAUCCAGGAGUACUGGCUACUGUCAGGGGAAUGCCAUGGGAUUCUUGGUGCUGAGAUUCGGGGUCUGCUGCCUCCAGACAAACAUACACUUGUCAGGAGUGCUCUGAUGGUGUUUCCUGCUUGGCAGGGGGUUGGACUCGAUGGCCCUUGUGGUCUCUUCCAACUCUAUGAUUCUAUGAUACUAUGGAUGACUGUCUGCAGCCCCUUCUUAUUAAUGCCUCCCUCUGUGUGUUGUCUACUCAUCUUUGAAUGACAUCAAGCCUGCAUUGUUAGUGCAGACCCUUGCUCUCCUCACACCAAAUCUAGCCAAAGGUAUUAAAAUCACCCUGUGCCACUUCUUUGGGAAUUUGCCCCUGUGUAGACAUCCUGGUUUUUAGCCAGCGAACAUUUAAUUUAAAGGCCUAUAUUUUGAGGGAGCCAUGCCUUACUCAGGCAGAGAUGGCUGACUUGUUAGCGCCUCUCCCGUAGUUUGGUCUGUAUUAUUCAUAAAGUAACUGGACUCUGGAGGAUAAGAAUAGCUGGCAAGCAAGGCUCAUAUUUCCCCAGUGGACUCAGCCUGCUGGAAGGAAGGAAUGCCAAGUUACCCUCUGCCCAAGCUUUAGGAGGAAGCAGUAAACCCGGGGCCUCUGCGAUGAAGCAUUCUGGCAGUUUCUCUGUGCCAGCCCCAAGCAGGCUGUGUGUGUGCAUUGUUGUUGCCUAUGUGCUACUCAGCCUUGCAGUGGAAAGGAGAUGGCUCUGCCUUGUACCAGGUCAAUACAUAGGGAACUUUGUUCUUGUCUUGGGCUGAGAGUGGGGAGGGAUUUGGCGAGCCUUAAGGUAGGCGGAAUGUAUACUUAGUCAUUUCUGCAAAACUGGGAAAGCUGUAAGCGCAGCCUUGGGCAGAGGGAAUGCUGAGAAAAUUGGGGACUGAAAUGAAUGGUGGCCUGGCUGUCUGGAGGCCUUUUGCAUUCCAACUGCCUUAUCCACACUGGGCUCCCAUCCAUGAGACUUCCUGGCAAGCUCUGGAAUUCCCUGUAGGCCUGUGUCUUGAGGAUAUGUGAUACACAUAUACUGUAUACAAAUGUGCAAAUGAAUCGGCUGGGUGGUAAUUGACUUAACUUUUGCUCUGAGUAGAUCCCUUGAAAUGAAUUUCAGUGCAUCUGCUCUGUUGAAUAAUAUCUAUAAAAGAUAAUGAUAUCUUUAAUAAUUGUACCUAUAAUAAUAUCUAUAAUAGAUAUAUUACUGUUUUCCAUUGUAUAGUGGCUCAAGUUCAAUAGGUUACAUGUAGACCCAAUAUCAAACUUGGUUUUUCUGGAUGCUGCUGCAAAUUCUGUCUAUCCCCGUAAUUCCUUCAGCCCAAUAUUUCAUUUCAUUGUUUGGUGUUGAGACAGAUCUCUCCCUGUGUUUUGAGGGAGAGGGUAAAAAUGCCAAAUUUCUGGACAUUUGAAGGAAUCGCAGACAAUUUUUCUGUGUUGUGGAAUUACCAUUACACUUUAUCUAAAACACUCAUCAGUGAAUGAAACCAUAAUAUAAAUAUUCAUAUAUUUGUGUAUGUGCAUUGCAUUAAUGAGCAUGUAGACAAGAGUCUUGUAGCUUGGGAAGGACGGUGGUGCACAAAUGCACGCACGCAUGCAUGCACACCCUUAUCUUGUGAAUGUGCUUCUUGAGAAUCAAGCAUUUUCUCUGAGUUUAGACGCAUUGGUCUGCGUCUAGUUCUGGCUUUAACGCCCCCAAACUCCUACAAGUCUGGCCGAGUCCCAAUAUUGAAUGUAAAAUCCCCCACCAUCUGGCCUGUCCGCUCUUGCGUGUGUGGCUGGGACGGCCAGCUUGUUGAAAUUAUCAGGACGCUCUGCAAAGUUCAAGAGAUUGCCCUAUUAAUAGAAAUGCCUGCCACUAGUGAUCACAGUAACAGAGAGGAGACUUUUCCUUCCCUUCUGCCCCACUCAAGGGGGUCAUCCCAGCCAGGGAAUCGCUUUACAUAUUUUGUAAAGUGGGGAAACAACUUCUAUUUGGGUUGUGCAGUAUUGCCAAGCAUUUGAGAAAGUGAGUGGUAAAUAACUUGCUCACUAACUUUCAGCACGUCAGUUUAAUGAUUAGUCAACGCAAGUGACAGGAUGCCUACAACUUUGUGCAGACUGUAUCUGAUUGCCAUACAUUGGACAGAUGACAGUUUGGUUAUACAGUGGUACCUUGGUUCUCAAACUGAAUCCGUUUCGGAAGUCCGUUCCAAAACUAAAGCAUUCCAAAACCAAGGCGCGCUUCCCUUAGAAAGUAAUGCAAAAUGGAUUAAUCCAUUCCACACUUUGGAAAACAAACCCUAAAACAACAAUUUAACAUGAAUUUUCCUAUCUAACAAUACCAUUGAUCCAUAAAAUGAAAGUAAUAAACAAUGUGCUGCAGUCACAAUCAAUCAGUCAGUAGCUGAACUGGGUUCCACACAGUCGCAAAAACAAACAAAAAAGAGCCGCAGAAGCAAAACCGCAAAAUAAAUACCAAAAGCAGACAGACCUCAGCGUAACACUCAAAUUGGAAGUGUAACACUCAAAACAGAGCACGGUUGACUUCUGAAAAAAGUUCACAAACCAGAACACUUACUUCUGGGUUCCAAGCUGUUUGAGUACCAAGGCGUUUGAGAACCAAGGUACCACUGCAUAAUUUUGGGAAACGGGGUAGGACUUGGAAACCCAGCUAAUACGGUCCAAAGCAGGAGGCAGCUCUGGACAAAUAGCCCUCUGGUAAAACUGUUCCUGGACUUUAGUACCUCAGUCUGCACUUGAUUUUCAUGUUCCUCCAUGGACCAUCAAUAAGUCCUACACAAAGAAAACUAAUAUGGCAGCGGGAAGGCUAGAUAUCUAGAUACAUAGAUCAUAUGACUGAAUCCUUCCCAUGUCAAUCACCUGUAGUAUAUAAUCCAGCCAUGUUUUCAUGCAUGUUUGUUUUUAUCUAAAAAGCCUCCUAAAUGAGUCAAACUAAGGUCUCCAUAAUCCAUUUCCGUCAUGGACUCAUUAGCCAAGUUGCUAGUUUCUUUUCCAUCCAUAAAGUAUUAUUCACCUGCCUCACCAAAAGGAGUAUUUGUCUUUGCUGCCCUUCUGGAAAUUGCUGCCUCACCAGGUUGUCAAGAGAGCUAAAGCACAUCCAAAAGGUUUGCAAAUCAAAACAGUGCUGCACAAAGGAUAACUAGUGGUUGUCUGAAGUUUAGGGUGUGCCUGUAAGCUAGAGGUAUGUUGAAAGGAUCAGAAAUGCAAGGCAAUAGAAUUCUUAUUCGUAGUUGCACUAGACAGAAGAAGUUCUGCUACUAUCGCAGUCCACUUAAGUUUCCAGCCAAUCCCCUUCCUGUUCUCAAUCUUUUCAUUUUGAAAAAAAUCCCACCUGCACAUUUCUGCCCCCUCCCCUCUAGCUGACUUCCAUUGUUUCAAGAACUAGACAUCUGCCUUUUUUAUUAUUUGAAUCUCAUGGCAUCAGGUGGCUCCCAUUCAGCAAUCUGCUGUGGUGGACAUUCUCAGACAGCUACCUACAUGUGGGAAUAGCAGCAGACAGUUUACAUACCAGUCAGGGAAACACAGUGGUGUUUAUUCCUUGUAGCUGUUGACCCAUCAUUCCCUAUUGCCCUGGAAAUGACAGAUACCUAGGACUCUCACUUGCUGCCUGUUCCCAAAUGUGGUACCCUUGUCUCAUUAUUCUGCGUCUUGAGAUUAGACCUCUGAAGCUUGUGCUUCUUCAUGCCCUGGUGACCGCCCUCCUACUUUGUCCUUCUGGCAGAUCGAAGGCAGAGAUGCGACACACCUGCCGUGGAACCAUCAACCUGGCCACGGCUAACAUCACAGUGGAGGACUCCUGCAACUUCAUCAUUUCCAACGGAGGGGCACAGACCUACCACCUGAAGGCCAACUCAGAGGUUGAGAGGCAGCGCUGGGUCACAGCUCUAGAGCUGGCCAAGGCCAAAGCUGUCAAGAUGCUGGCAGAAUCAGGUAAAGGGUGUGUUCAGGGCAGUGCAAAUGAAGCAGGAGGUGGGUGUGGGUGAGCGCUGAGAAACUCAAGAGAGCUUAUUGUGGAGGGAGACACCCAGGAAAAUCAAUAUGACAAAUGGAGAAAUGAGAUCUUCUGAGCAGAUUUGGUGUUGGCUAAUAGCACUGGGGCAAACAGGAAGUAGCUGAGUCUUCUGUUCUCCUCAUCCUACCCUGCUUGUUUGUUUGUGAUUUUGGGCUACCCUUGGUAGGUAGCCUCACCUGUGAAACGCAUAUAGGCUAAAAUACCUGCAGAGAACAAUUCCUAGUCUAUUCUAGGCCAUGGGGUUAACAUGAGGGCGCAUCUCUUCCAGUUUGUCCUGUUCCAUCCUAUUUAGAGCUCCAACUCCUUGGGGCAAGGUUUUCUGCCAAACACCAAACGUUUGUUACUCAUACAAAUUGCUCGGUGUCCUUUGCCUUGUGCGUGUGACAUACCAAGGAAACAGGCCACUUGGGGCCAUUGUGGUUUAUAGCAUGAGGCCUCUGGAAAAUGUGGCUAUAUUUUUAAGCAUCAGGCUUUUCAGAAUGGUUAGCUUUCUGUUUCCCAAACCAAAAGUGCAUUUUAGCAGUCAGUACCAAAUCUGCUUUGCACAUCACCCAAUCAGCUGAGCCUCACAUUAUAAUCUGGUGGCUCCUGAGCUAAAGCAUCUGUCAGUAGCUGACAGUAGCUGAUGUAUCUGAUUAGGUAAAAUAAGUGUCAAAAGCAAGUGCCCAAUGUCCAUUUUUGUAUUGAAUAAAUCAUGCAUUGAAUUGAAGGAGUUUUGGUCCCUCGACUCCUGGGUCCCCCCAUCUGGUGUCUCAAACAUGUUUGUCUCUUCUCUGUAGGACAUAUUUGCUCUGUGUAGAAGGGGAAAGAAGUGGAAAAAGUGCCACCAGCUACUGAUGGGGGUUUUGUUUUAUUUUCAUAGAAUUCUAAAGAAAAAGAAGAGGUAUCUGGCAGCUUUACCAGAAAGAAUUUCUUCAGUGUUUUCAAAACAAAAUGUCCUUUGCCCAGUAACAUUAGAUUGUGUUGUGACUUAGGCAUCAGAGUUUCAAAUAUUAGCCCUUCUUAGCUCUGUUGAAUUUUCAGUAUCCCGGUCCCCCAUCCCCUUUUAAACCUAAAGCUAAAGAAAUAAUGGGAGAGAGAGGCAUUUAUUUGUGUGCAUCGUCAUUAUCUACAGCAUGAGAUUCCAAGCUCAUGAUACUGAAACUCCGACUCCCAAAUGUUAAUACCUGCUCUCUCUCUCUCUGUUUGCGUGUUUAUCUAAUUUAUCUGCUAUGUUGACACUCAAAAUGUUGCCUUCUAGAUACUGUGCUCUCAUGUACUCUUCCCCUCAGCGAUUUCAUGUCUCAUUGUUGAAUAGUAUUUCUCUUGAUUGCUUGCAGCAGACAUUCCCCCAUCCGAUCGGAUAGUUUUUUGUAAGUUCCUUAUCAUUCUACUUUGGGACUCAUUACUUGUUGGUAAUGACGAAGCACAAGAGUGAGCCAACCAUUUGUGUGUGUUUUUUAAUCACUAGAAUGUAAGGACUGUCUUGCUGAGUUGGACCAAAAGUCCAUCUAGUUCCUCAUUUAAAGAGCAGCCUGCCAUAUGCCUCUGAAAGUUCACAAACAGGGCAUGAAAAGUGAUGGUCUUCCUCCAAUGUACCCCCCCCCCCAAAAAAGAGAGAGAGAUGGGUCUUCUGUUGUUUAUCUCCAACAUCUUGCUACUGAGCAUGCGAGUUCCAUUUAAGUAUCAUUGCUAAUAAUACCUAAAAGACACAUUCUAAAUUCAUUUUGUCCAAUCUUUUUCAAAGAAAAACAAGGGGCCAUUUUUAUUUAGUGGUUGCUUACGGUGUUUGAAUUCCAUAUGUUAACUACUUCAAGAGAAACAGCUGCUUUUCUUUUGCCUGUCUUGAACUUACCACCAAUCGGUUUCACAGGGUAACCUUGAGUUCUGGUAUUGCAAGAGAAAGACCUAUACCCACACACUCGCCAGAGCAUUCCUAACAUUAUAAACCCACUGUUGGAGGGAGGAAAGUUACACAAGAGAUUGGGCUCCGAACAAUGUAAGACUUUCCAGAGAAAUGGCAUGAUCUUGCAGUGUGGAGAAAUGUGUUUAAACAUCACAACUCUUAUAAAUAGACUCAUGGCUUGCAACUAGGAGGUGUUGCAUACAGUAGGCGUGGGAUACUUGGUUUUGCCAAUAUAUUUCUCACUUCUGCUUUAAGGAGCACAGAUAGUGAAAUCAGACCUUAAAGCUGCUACUUUUCAGAGGUUCCCAAUGAUCUUUACCCUUUGAAUAUUUAUACUGUCUUUAUUGCUCCCAAUUAGCUUUGGGAUUAUUGUUUUUUAUCACUGCAAGUUUGAUUUCUGCUUUGAUUCCACUGCUUUGUGUCUAUAUACUCAGAAAAGGAUUUUUAAAAACAAAACACCACCAACCCUGAAAUCAAUAAUAUCUGUAGUACCACAAUUUACACCUUAGUUCCUUGCUAAAAUGGAGGGGUGGGAUUAGAAAUCCUGUCCUUUGCUUCAACAAACCAUUGAACUGGCAAGAGAGAUUUCCCUGUUAGCUACCUGUAGCCCCAACAUUGGCCAGUAUCUUCACUGGACUAUGGAAAGGGAUCACAUAAUGGUGGGGGGUGGGGAGAGGAAACAGGCUGCCUUUAGUCCCCUGAAGCUAGGUGCCAGUGCUGAGAAUAAAGGAGGACCUGGAAAUGCAUCUGCUUCUAGGGUGAGCCUUGCCUUGAAGGUGUUAAAAGCUGCAGCCUUUUCCCUACAGAUGAGUCGGGUGAUGAAGAAUCAGUGUCUCAGACAGACAAGACGGAACUGCAGAACACCCUACGCACCCUCUCUAGCAAGGUGGAGGAUCUCAGCACCUGCAACGACCUGAUAGCCAAGCACGGGACGGCCUUGCAGCGCUCGCUCAGCGAACUGGAGACCCUCAAGCUGCCUGCCGAGAGCAACGAGAAGAUCAAGCAGGUCAACGAGCGCGCCACCCUCUUCCGCAUCACGUCCAAUGCCAUGAUCAAUGUAAGUGUGCUGCUGCCAGACGCUCUGGCUCUGAGCCGGCCGGCGGGAAGGGGGCCGCUGGGUGCUUCCCAGAUCAUUGGCUCUGCAGGCUUUAAUUGUAGAACUUUCAGAGCCACUGCAGCAUUUCCCUCUUUUGAGAAGAGAGAGAUGAUCUGGUGGGUUUUGGAUUUAUAAGCCGUCUGUGACAUCACCCAUUUUAGCAAAAUAUAUAAGCUUCUGCUCGUCCUGAAUCCCCUGUAGUUAGUUGGCUGUGCUUUCUUAGCCCAGUGUGGCCACACUGUGGCCAGUUGAAAGAACUGCAUUGAAGGCAUGACUCAGUAUAAGAAAAGGACGUGAUGGGAAUUGUAAUUCAUAAACAGUACAUCAAAUCAGAUUUUUACAAUCGGGGAGCAAACCAGAAAGGAGAAGUGUAAAGAGAAAGCCUUCAGAAGAAUUAAGGGCUGAGGGCCGUAGGAUGCUGAGAUUUUGCGGACUUGAUCACCAGACCCAUGGCAUCACAGGUGUAGCUUUGUUUCCCAUCUACUGGGGGUUGCCAUCAGGCCAGCCUUUGAGGACUUUGCAAGGGGGUUAUUAUUAUUAUAAAUAUUAUAAAUAUUAUUUAUUAGUUGCUUUUUUGCCACAGCAACUCAAUGUGACUUAAAGUAUUUUGAGCAAACACAUACAUGCAUUAAACCAGCAUUUUUAAAAAGUCUUUUUAAUAUUCUAUUCUUAAAAAAAACUAAAUUAAAAUAUCUCACCUAUGCAAAAAAAGCCAUAGGUCUGACAAAAAAGGAAUGUUUUUGCCUACUGCCUAAAGAUACACAAUGAAGGGGAGAGCAUUCCACAAGCAAGGAGCCACCACUGAAAAGGCCCAUUUUUGUGUUGCUGCCCUCCGGACCUCCUGCAGAUUGGGCACAUGAAGAACCUCCUCAGAUGACAAUUGCAGGGUCUGGGUUCAUUCAUAUAGGGAGAGGCGGUCCUGGAGGCAUUGAGGUCCUGAGCUACAUAAGGCUUUAUAAGUCAAAACCAGCACUUUGAAUUGGGGUCGGAAACUAAAUUGGUAGUCAGUGCAGUCAGGCCAGGAUUGGUGUGAUGUGCUCAGACCAUCUUGCCAGUGAGCAACUGGGCCAUUGAAUUCUGCACCAUCUGCAUUUCCCAAACCAUCUUCAAAGACAGCCCCAUGUGUAGUGCAUUGCAGUAAUUUAGCCUAGAGGUUACCGGAGCAGCAUAGACAACAGAAGUUAGGCUGUUCCUUAUGGAGGCAUAGCUGGGCCACCAGCUGAAGCUGAUGGAAGGCACUCCAUGCCACCGAGGCCACCUGAGCCUCAAGUGGCAGCAAUCUAUCCAGAAGUGUCUCUAAGAGGGCAAGAGAUCCCUGAGCAGUCAGAAUCCCAGAAAGGCUCUGAGCUACAAUUCUAUGGGGGAGAGCUCAACUGGGCACAGUGGAACAAACAGCUACAUGCGGUUGCACUUUGUGUAGUAUUGUUCUUGGUCCUUAAACUUGCUCCUCUCUCCAGUUUCCAGUAGUUACCAGCUCACUUGAGCAAAGUACCGCCUACUGUCUCACAGUAUCAAAGCUGAGAGCGUCCUCUUGGUAAAUUCCGGUCUACUGUUGCUCCUCAAACUCUGUACUCUGGGAUGGCUUUAAUGCAGUAGAGACUAUUGCAGACGGGUUUAUCUUUGGACUCAACUCUGGUCGCUGCCAGUAUUGCAUGUCUUCCUUCUGCAUCCCAUGUUCCUGGGAUUUACAUAAGUGUGCACCUUCCUUGCCUAAAUCAGGUGACAGUCUAAUUCACCUCCCACCUUUGCAGGUCAACCACUGUAUGGUUCAAGUGUCAGGGAAGGAUUUCUGUUUUGACCAGGGCAUGGUACAACCCUGGGGCAAACAGUAAACUGUAAAGCAAAAGAUUUAUGCAAACACUCCAGAAAUAUGGAGAAGACCUCUAAAUUGUCCCAAAGUUCUGUAAGUCAUUCCUAGAAAAGCUAUAGCUUGUUCUGCUCAGGCAAGUAGAUGCUAUCAUUGGUGUUUUUGAAGCAACUGGCGAACUGUAACAAUGAAGCUGACCACUAGGUGAAGCCCUCCCUUAAAGUGGGAAUAUGACAGCCUUAGACAUAUGUCAACAAGAAUUACCAACUAGCAAAAUUGUUUACUAGCCAGCUAAGAAGCUAGUGGGCUAUGCUUCCUUGCUGGGUAUAUACCAGGAUCAGAACAAUCCAUCCCUUUUCCACCAGCCCACUUACUGGUUUGCAUGGAAUUCUGUGCACUUCCUUGCCAGUGUGGAAUUCCUGGUUGCCUAUGGCUACCAGAAGUUGUUAAAUACAAACCUGGAAUACACUUCUUUGAAGAUGGAAUGACAUCACAAUAGCUUUUAAACAGAAAGUUUUUAACUAAGCAUGGACAGUUUUAUACCAUAAAAGCCUACCACUGUGGAUUACUCAAGAAUUUGAAUAGGAACUACAUUCUAUAAAUUCUGUUGUUAACUACCUUUGCCCCUCAGAUAUAUAGCAAACCUCUAGGUGGGUUCAAAAGGAAGUCAAAAAGAAGACAAGACCUGUUUUGGUAUAUAUUUAGGAGCAAAGGAUUACUUGGUCUGAAAGUCUUACCUUUCUUUGACCAACAUUAGUACCAUAUUUACACGCAUCUAAUGUGCAAUUGAACCUAAUGCGCACCUCAGUUUUCAAAACCUUGAAACGAGAAAAGUAUUUGCUGGCGAAUAUAAAUGCACCAUCAAAUCUAAAGCGCACCCUAAUUUUCACUAUGUAAUAUGGCCAAAAAAGGUGUUCGUUACAUUCGAGUAAAUACAGUAUUCCAUACAUGUCUGUUCAUUUUGCUGCCUUAAGCAAGGAUGCAAGAUUUGUAUUGAUGCAUUUCCAUUGCCAGAUAUGCAGAGCAUCUUAUCAGACAGGCAAAUUUCCUAGCAUUUUUUUAUUUUGCCUUUUUAAGUGUGUGCUUUUCCACAAAACCUUCUGGACAGAUACUAAAUUACAGCAUUUUAUCCCAAAUGCUCAAACUAAAACAGUCCGCUUAAAGUGUCUGAGUUUAGAGCAGAGCCUGGGAAGGUUUUCCCACUUUUGACCCUUCCUUGCCCCCUGUACAGACCACAGCCUCAGCUUUCCUGCCCCUGAGUACUGGUUGUUGAAGUUCCCCUCCUUCCUUCCUUUUUAUUGUGUAACUACUGCUCCAUUUUGCACUUAGGACAAAUUAAUCAACUAGGGGUAACAUUUAAACAGCUUCUGUUUAAUUCAUGAAGGUCCAGGAGUCACAUUUUCAGUAUUUUGUGAUUUGCCCAGAUUUCUUUGCUGGGGGCGUGUUUGCAGCCUUUUGCAUGGAAUAUUUGGUUGGGCUUCUAGCAGACGAGUGUCCCUGCCCAUGUCUCUCUGAGCAUCUCUGUUCAGUGAGUGUCCAUGGUGAAGUUGCUAGGAGACUGGUGAAUGCUUAUUGGGUCUCCGAGUGGGAGGGGCAGUUAAGAGCAAAGUGUCCUGAAAGGGCACCUGUCCCCAGCAGUUCCUGUUAACCCACUUUAAGAGCAGGGGCAGCAAGAGGCGCUGCAGUGCAGCUUGAUCGGGGCCAGAAUCGGGGCCAGCCCUACAAUGCUACAGAGCAAAGUGAUCACCCGGUGGCACCAUGGGAGGAACUAUAUGAAGGCAGGAGUUGGCGUUUGACUAGCACAGCAAGACAAGAAGUGUUGGCCUCACAGCUGGAGUGACAUUUGGGCCAGCCGAGUGUCCGGGGCCCAUACAGACCUCGCUUUGGUGCUCCCCACAGGCUUGCCGAGACUUCCUGAUGUUGGCCCAGACGCACAGCAAGAAGUGGCAGAAGUCCCUUCAGUAUGAGCGAGACCAGCGCAUCCGUUUAGAGGAGACCCUGGAGCAGCUGGCGAAGCAGCACAACCACCUGGAAAGGGCCUUCCGUGGAGCGACAGUUCUACCAGCCAAUGCCCCCGGCAGCAUGGAUUCUUCUAAAGGUAGGAAUGGAGGGCUUUGGCCUCCAUCUCUUCUAUCAGCCAAGCUCUAGCUCUUCUGCUAGUCUCCAUUGCCCUUUCCUUUGUGGGUUCCUAUUCAAAAUUGCUUCUGUUGUGGGAUGCUUGCCCCAAAGUCCGAAAGUAUUUGGAAUCAAGUACUAGUAACUAAAACCAAGAAAGAUAACAUCAGCAUGUGUUCCUCUUACAGAUCGAUGUUGCCCAUCAAAGGGAGAUAUGAGUGAUGAAGACGAUGAUAAUGAGUUCUUUGAUGCCCCUGAGAUCAUCACCAUGCCUGAAAGCAUGGGCCAUAAGUAAGUGGCGCCCCUCUCCCAUUCAGCUGACACUUAGCACCCAUCAGCCUUUGGCACUGCAAACUUGUAAAACUACUGAGGUGUUUCCCUCACCUUUGAUGCUUUCCCACUCCCAUAGCCUGUGCCAUAGGUUAGAGGGGGACAAACUGCCUGGGUGAAAUUCAACAUACCAAAGCAGGUUCUGUGUGUUCCUCCCCUGUUAAGUGUGUUUUAUAGAACUGGGGCAUCUUGCUGCCUCAGCCUUCAAAGGAGAAAAAGGAAGAGAGAAUGGAGAGGGGUGGAGGAAAAGGUGGAGAGGAAAUCUCUUGAAUAUAAAAUAAAAGUGAUUAGUCCACCUAAGUCAAUGCUGUCCACUCUUAUUGAGAGCUCGCUGAGAUAUUCAGGAUCCAGAUUACUUCGUGCAGGGAUGUCUUAACUUGUGACUCUACAGAUGUUUCUGGACUACAGCUCACAUCAUUCCUGGCCGUUGACCAUGCUGGCUGGGGCUGAUGGGAGUCCAGCAAAAUCUGGAGGGGCACAGGUUAGUUGCCACUGACUUUGUGCUUUAAAGGUCCAGACUAGCACCUGAAAUUGCACCCAAGGACAGCUUAGACAACAUUGUUUUCCAGAGUGGGUGAAACAUGAUCAGACAACCUUACAUUGUCAGCAAUUAGGCAACUGUGCUCCAUGCCAGCUUAUGUUUCUGGAACACAUUGUUGCAGUAAUUUAGUUGGGUAUGGCUGCCAGUGACUUCAGGCUCAAGCAAGCGGUGCAUAGCUUCAAAGGAGAGAGAAAUGGAAAUAAUAGAUUUCUGUCGCAUACCCAAACAACAUGUACAGCUGUCACCAGACAACAGUCUCAUGCUUCUAGGUUAUUCAGAUGUAAGAGCAUACAGUUGCUGUGAUUCCCCACCCCCAAUUGCAGGUUAAAUUAAUAAAGGGACAGGAUAGUAAUGAGGAAAGUAGAACAGGAGACCUGGCAAAUCAGAACACUACACUGACUCCUUAAAAGUAGUCCAUGGGCACCAUUCGGUAAUUUUAUUUUGCCUUUUAACUUAAUAAAUAAAGAUCGAUAGAUCCAUAGAUUGGUGGCCCUGGUUAUACUUGCUGUCCAACUCUGACAAACUAGAUACUCUGUUUGGUGUUUGGCAGCACUGUUCUCUGUGCAUAUUUUUUCCCUGAUAGCACAUUAUUUCAACUGGAACAUCCUAGUUUUCUCAUGGUGUGUUUUUCUGUAAUUCCUUUAGACGAACAGGAAGCAACAUCAGUGGUGCUAGCAGUGAAAUCAGCCUCGAUGAGCAGGUAGUCCAUGUCUUUGAUCUGAGGGGGAGGGAAGCAACAUUUUUCACCAGAUGCUGUUGGGACCCUGCAGAGGGAGAUAGCUGGAACAAGUGGGUCCUUCGCAAGCUUCUGGAGUACCUCAGCAGUGUAUCCCCUAAAUGAGCCACAGUCUGCAUGGACGAUGGGAUGCAUAGCACCACCUGGAGGGUUGAUGGGUCUCAUUAGUCCUUCUCCUGUAAGCCUGCAAGUGCUCAAUAUACUUUGAGGCAUACUUUAUGAUGGAGCUUAUUGAAGGCUUGGAAAAGCAGGGGUAAUGUUGGCUACAGGCUCUGCCUUGUUCCACGUUUCUGUCCAUUUGGGACUGGUCUUACUGCACUGAGCUUAGUGAUUCUGGGCAUGGCUAAGAACCUCUUUCUGCAUAGAUGAAGGUGCUCAAGUCAUGGAAGAGUUGUUUACUUUGCCCAAGGCUUAUAGUUAAAUUGGGAACCUCUUUUACAAGACUCUAUAGAAUUCACUGUCCAGCUUAUGCCUUCCCACCUGUCUUGACUAGCCUCCUUUCUCUCCCAAAGUAUAAACACCAGUUUAUGGAAGACACCAAGAAGGAGAAGAGAACCCGAAUUCCUCACAAACCAAAUUACAGCCUGAACUUGUGGAGCAUCAUGAAGAACUGUAUUGGCAAGGAACUCUCCAAGAUUCCCAUGCCAGUGAGUCCCCUUAAGUCUAGCUUGAGUAGUAAGAUCUGGGGCUUGCUGUCCUGUGGAGGAAAGGGGUGGGAAGCCACAACUCUAUAACCCAACAAGCUCUGUGAAAUGAGACUCUGUAGGAACAUGGAGUGUGCUUGCUGCAUCCAGACUUGCCUUGCCCUGCCCCAGAGUGGCUGCCCUGCCUAACACCUGCUGCUGCUUCUUCCAGGUGAACUUCAACGAGCCCUUAUCUAUGCUGCAGCGCCUCACAGAGGACCUGGAAUAUCACGAGCUGUUGGACCGGGCAGCCAAGUGUGAAAGCUCUCUGGAGCAGCUCUGCUAUGUGGCUGCAUUUACCGUAUCGUCUUACUCCACCACAGUCUUCCGCACUAGCAAGCCAUUCAACCCUCUCUUAGGGGAAACCUUUGAGCUAGACCGGCUGGAGGAGAACGGCUACCGUUCCAUCUGUGAGCAGGUGACGAGCAGGGCACAUCCCUUGUCUGACUCUGAGCUGGAAUACUUGAUUGAUUCCAGAUGCAUGGAAGAUACAUUUCAGUCUUAAGCAAAUUAAGUUCUGUUGUGUUUCAGUAGCACUUCCUUUCAAGUCAGUGUGCUCAGGUGAUGUAUCUGUUGGGGGUGUCUGCUGUCAGCUCUUCCUGCUUCUACAUAUUCCUGGCGACUCGCCUGCUGAAUACACUCUUCUUCCUUAACUUCUCUCUGUCCUGCCCUCUAGGUGAGCCACCAUCCUCCAGCUGCUGCCCAUCAUGCUGAUUCCAAGCACGGCUGGACCCUUCGUCAGGAAAUUAAAAUCACCAGCAAGUUCCGUGGCAAAUACCUCUCAAUUAUGCCCCUUGGUGAGUCUUUGCCUUGAGGUGCCUGCUGUUUUAAAGGGACAUGGAAAGCUAAUGGUGCCCAUUGACAGACGGAAUUCCAUCUGUGCUUCCCAUCUUUUACCAAAGUCCAGGGUCUCCAGCCUGGAGUCAGGCUGUCUGGGACAUAGCUGAGCCACUUACGAUGGGCAUCUCAUAUGCACAGCACCUUUUAGGGCAUUCAUUAGCACAUUCACCCUUGCUGUGUGCCCCUCAGGGGUAUUAAGAACACAUGCGUAGCUUGGGUGCUCAUAAAAUGGGCAUUUGUGGAGAACGGGGCAAUCAGGUCAUCCUUAGCUGACCAGGGAUUGGUACCUAGAUCGACCAGAGCUGAGUCAAAAUGCUGUUGUGCACUAGACUUCGACGUAUUUUUCAUCCUAGCAAGGAUUCUGCAUCAAUGCGAAAUCAUCCUAAGCACAUUCUUAUUUCUAGGUACCAUCCACUGUAUCUUUCAUGCAUCUGGCAAUCACUACACAUGGAAGAAGGUUACCACCACAGUGCACAACAUCAUAGUCGGCAAAUUAUGGAUAGACCAGGUGAGUUAAAAGUGGUGGUGGUGGGGACUGUGAAGGCAGCACUGCAGCCCAAAGUGUGCUUGGAGGGUAGUUCUGAUAGCCAGGACUUUAGAGGUCCAUUUUCCAUAUUUCCCAUUGAGUUGCUACUCUUGAUGAUCUGCUCAGCUGUUACAGAAGCAUUUUAGUGGACUGCAUAAAUGGUCCUGAACCUGCUUGACUUUAUUCCUCCCUUUUUUUUUCUUUCCAGUCUGGUGAGAUUGAAAUUCUGAACCAUAAGACUAGCGAGAAGUGUAUUCUCAAGUUUGUUCCAUAUAGCUACUUUUCAAGAGAUGUGGCCAGAAAGGUAAGAGAUGUUGUACUAAAGCAUUUUACUGUGGGGAUGGCAAGAACAAUGUCAGGCCGUCUACAACAGAGAGAGGUGAAAGGCCUGUUUAGUGGUAGGAGGGGCCUUUUACAUAAGAGGAAGGGUCACAUGGACAGCAGUGACCUAGGCAGCUAAGCCAGUACCUCUAGAGAAUGUUCUUUGAAUAUUGCAGCUGCACUCUGGAGUCCUAGCAGACCAGCUCUUGAGAACAGCUCUGGGUGCUUUUCAGCUUCUUUGUUAGCCAUGGGGAGACUAUAAUGCAAUUCUGACGCCUGGGUGGGCUUGUACGUAACUUUGCUGGACCUUCUUGAACUCCUUUCUAUGGCAGGUUACUGGAGAGGUGUUAGAUCCCUCAGGAAGAGUGCACUUUGUGUUGCUGGGCACCUGGGACGAGAAGAUGGACUGUUUCAGGGUGACAACCAGUUUGGAGAAUGGUGGCGACAGCCGGCAGAGAGCGCACGAAGCAGAGGACAGCAGGGUCAUGCUGUGGAAGAGGAACCCACUCCCGUGAGUAAGGGAGGUAGCCUGACUCCUCCCGUGAGGAGCUGGUGCACGGCCAUGCUCUCCUUUGCGUAACCAAUAUGACUAUUGUCUCAACUGGCUUUUGUGGAUGGCAGAACAUGGUUAUGGUUGUUGCUUUUAGAGCAUGCCUUUGUAAUCAGCAAUGCCUUUGUGUACUGUGUGUGUUCCUCCCAAGAAAAAGUGAGUUGAGACCUGUAUAAAUUAUGGCAAGUGUGCGGGUCCUGUGGGGUGCGGGAAAUACGCUUUCUGCUAGUCAUGGGCUAAAGAAUGGAGGACACUGAAGAGCCUGGAAAUCCAGCCUCACCUUUCAUCCCUUAUCCAUCAGGCAUUGUCCACACAUGCAAGCCUAUUUUAAGAGGAAAUGGAAACAGUCCUCCAGGUUGCAGACUUCUGUGUUUGUGUGGCGUGGUCACAAGAAAUACACAGCCCUGGGUGCAAGUAUACUGACCCUUUGAAAAGGAGUUGGUGACCUAGGGUCUUAGAUAAUGUGUGCGUAUCUUUCCUGCCACCCUAAGAGGAAGAGUAAGCUUGCUUUCUACACCAGAACUUAGACUCCAGGGCAACUCGGAGCCUUUCUGCCAUCUGAAUUUGUUCUCUCUCUCUCUCCCCGCCCCCCCUUCCUUGGUGCAGGAAGAACGCUGAGAACAUGUACUAUUUCUCUGAGCUGGCUUUGACGCUCAAUGCCCCAGAAAGUGGCACUGCUCCCACAGACAGCAGGCUUCGGCCUGACCAGCGACUCAUGGAGAACGGGCGCUGGGAUGAAGCCAACGCAGAGAAGCAGCGCCUGGAGGAGAAGCAGCGCAUCUCCCGCAAAAAACGUGAAGCUGAGGCCGUGAAGGCGACAGAGGACGGUAAGCGCUUGCCCCACUUGCCCCUGCACUGAUAAGGCAACAGGAACAUAUGAAGCAGCCUAAGUACAGUGAGGUGGUUGGUCCUCCUAGCCGAGUCUUGUUUGUUCUUGGCUGGCAAUGCCUCUCCAGCAUAUUGGGCAGAGUGGAUGUUGCUGACCCUGCUUCCUAUGAUCCUUUUUAGCUGGAGGUGCCUGGGAUUGAGUCUGGGGCCUUGCAUUGCAAAGCCGUUAUUGAUGAUUGGGAUUAUGUAUUGGGAUUCUUGCUAGCCCUUCUGCAUAAGGUCCCAGGAGGGGGGUGUACAGCCGGGUAAAAAACACAGUGUUAAAAUCAGUUAAAACAGUUUGCAAUCAAAAGAACAGGUGCAGCUCUGCGGAGAGGGAAUUCCACAGUUUAGGGGUUGCCACAGAGAAGGCCCUCUCCUGGGCUGCCACACCUUGCCUUCCAAACUUCCAAGGGCAGAGGACAUAUCAAGAGUUGCUCCAUCACUGAACUAUGGCCCCUCACUAAGGGAAAAGCAUAGCACUGACUUCCCAGCAAAAAUGCCAGCCAAAUGCCAUUUGUUGUUGUUAAUUUGAGAAUUCUCCCUCUCUUCCUCCCUCCCUCUCCUGCUGCCCCUUCCUUCCUCCCCUGCAGGAACUCCUUAUGAUCCCUACAAAGCAUUGUGGUUUGAGCGGAAGAAGGAUCCUGACACCAAGGAGGUGUCCCAUGUGUACAGGGGAGGCUACUGGGAGAGCAAAGACAAACAGGACUGGAGCAUGUGCCCUGACAUCUUCUGA